UUCGAUAGUAUAGUUAUUUGGAAGAUAUAAAUAUGCACAUUAAUCUAAUUUAGAAUAUAUAUGUACAUAAGUAGAAGUUUAUUGAAAUACAUAGUCACAUUUAUGUCUAAUUAAGUAGUGCUUCACUUUAAAAAAAAAUACUAACAAAAUUGAAAUGAAAAUGAAAUGAAAAUUUAUGUACGUAUCUAUGUAUAUAACAUAACAUGCAUAAAUAAUUCAGAAAUAAAAAAAAACUUGCGGAAAUUAAAAGUUUAAACACUAACAAGCAAAUUAUAAACAAAUAAAUAGUAACAGAAAGCUACUCGAUGUCUUGGAAAAAUGCCGCUAAAGCAGGUCAAAGAAUUCAUAAAGAGCGACAUCAACCCCAUGAAAGAAGUCAUUUGGGUUUGCUAGAAAAAAAGAAAGAUUAUAGGGAGAGAGCCAAAGAUGCAAACGCAAAAAAAGAUAUUCUUCAUAAAUUACAUAAAAAGGCUUUAAAUAAAAAUGAAGAUGAAUUUUUUCAUCAUAUGAUUAAAUCUAAAAUUAAAGAUGGUGAACAUCAUGAAUUGGAAGAUGAAGAAAAAGAUGUUGAUUCUAAAGAACAGAAACUUUUAAUGCAAACUCAAGAUUUGAAUUAUGUGAAUAUGAAAAGAGUUAUUGAAAUGAAAAAAAUUAAAAAAAUCCAGGCAAAUUAUCAUAUGAUAGAUGCUGCAAAUCAUUUUAAGAAUAAACAUAUAUUUUUUGUUGAUGAUGAAGAGGAAGCUAAAAAUUUUGAUCCUGCAAAAGUUUUAGGAGUUGAUUCUGAAUCAUUGAAAAACAAAACCAAUAGAAAAAAAAUUAUUGAAAAGGAAAAAAUCGAAGAUGAAGAAGAUACUGAAGAUGAAGACAUUGAUGAAAUACCAAACGACACUUUAAAAGUUUACAAUGAAUUGAAAAAUAGAAUAAUUCGAGAAAAAGAGUUAAGCAUAGUACAAAAUAAAUUACUAAUGAAAAAAACUUUAAGACAAAAAAGAUCACUUAAACCAAAAAAAAUUAAAGCUGGCACUAAGACAUCCGCCCCGGUAUUUCAAUUUAAAUAUGAAAGAAAAAAAUAAAAAGAUUGUUUUAAUUAUAAAUACCUAUAUAUAUGUAUAUGUACAUAUAAACAAAUUGUAAUAAUUAACUCUAAAAAUAAAUGAAAUUUUAAUUUUUACAAA